GCCCGCAGACAGGAGCGGAAGCGCCGCUCGCUGCGGCCCAGCGGGUCCGGCCCAAUCCAGCCACCCUCGGGGCGGCGAUCCCGGCCCGGGGCCCCCCGUGCCCCCGGGGCGGCCGAUGGGGGCCUUAAAGGCGCAGGCACCGGCCUCUCUAUUCGUCGGCGGAUGAAAAAAAUCACGUGGCUGAAAUGGUCAGAGGUGGGCAGCAUGAUGUCUGAGAACACAUCAGUGAGCCCCACGGGGGGCAUCACCCCCCUGCAGCAGAUGCUGGCAUCUGGGACCGGGGCCCUCUUCACAUCUCUCUUCGUGACUCCCCUGGAUGUGGUGAAGAUCCGGCUGCAGGCACAGAGGACGCCCUUCUCUAAAGUGUUGUCAGUAGAGUGUGUGCCCUGGAGCGUUCACCAGUCCAAAUGGAAAUGCUUCGUGUACUGCAAUGGGCUCAUGGACCACUUGUACGUAUGCCAGAACGGGAGCAGCUGCACCGCCUGGUACAAGGCCCCCACCCAUUUCACCGGCACCCUGGAUGCCUUUGUGAAGAUCACGCGUUACGAGGGCAUUCGGUCUCUGUGGAGCGGCCUGCCACCCACCUUGGUGAUGGCGGUGCCGGCCACCGUGAUCUAUUUCACCACCUACGACCAGCUGCGGGAUUAUCUGCGCUGCCGGAUGGGCAGGCAAGGGGCCCAUGUCCCCCUGGUGGCUGGUGCCCUCGCCAGGCUGGGCGCGGUGACGGUGAUCAGCCCCUUGGAACUCAUCCGGACUAAGAUGCAGUCCCGGCCGCUGAGCUACCGCGAGCUGCGUGUCUGCAUCCAGUCCUCGGUGGCCCAGGACGGCUGGCUGUCCCUCUGGAGGGGCUGGGGGCCCACGGUGCUGCGGGACGUUCCCUUCUCAGCUCUCUACUGGUUUAACUACGAGCUGGUGAAGGAAUGGCUCUGCCGUCAGUCCCGGCUUGACGAAGCCACUUUCAUGGUCAGCUUCACAGCUGGGGCCGUCUCGGGGACUGUGGCUGCCGUGCUGACGCUGCCCUUCGACGUGGUGAAGACCCAGCGACAGAUUGAGCUGGGGGACAUGGAGACGCUCCGAGUGGCUGCCUCCAAGUCCUCAUCCACCUGGCUGCUGCUGAGGAGGAUCCGAGCUGAGUCUGGCACCCGUGGGCUCUUCGCAGGCUUCCUGCCCCGCGUCAUCAAGGUGGCCCCGGCCUGCGCCAUCAUGAUCAGCACCUACGAGUUCGGCAAGACCUUCUUCCAGAAGCUGAACCAGGAGCGACAGCUCAGCAGCCUGUGAGCGCCAGGGCGGGCAGCGCCCCCGCAGUGCGGCCUCCAAACUAAGGACACCGUGGGCCAGGGCCAGGCAGAGGAGCCAGCCCCUGGCUGGUGGGGGAGUUCCCCAGAGGUAGCAAGCGGGAGGUGACUGCAGAGAUCAGUGCCGGGAUUCAGCUGCCGAAGCCAGGGCCUUUCAUUUCAUCCAGCCCCCUUUCCUGGGGGCCACAGGGGCGGUUCUGCCUCCCUACCUCUCAGCUCCUGCUGAGAUCCACUGGGAACGGACCUCCCUGCUAGCAACAGCUUCUCCCCCCAACAUGUCCUGUGCCGGGAUAUGCAGCGUCCAAGUGCCUUCUAGUCUCGCUCGCUCCUUGUGUUUCCUGCAUCCACCUCGGCAGGUUUCCCAUCUGCCUCCCUCGGGGGCGAGCUAGAGAGGCUGUCAGAGCAGCGUGGGCACCGUGGUGCUUCCCAGCUGAGAAGGGUCAGGCCUGUUUGCCUUUGCCAACAUCUCACCUCCACCCUCCCUUCCCAACUGACACGUUCAUGGUUUGGACGCUGCCGGGGGCCGCUCUCCAGCCUGUGACGAGCCCCCCCAGCGGCGGGUGCCCUGCUCCUGGCAUCUGAUUGCGCUGGCCCCUUGAGGGGGGCAGAAAUCAGCUGUAGUGGGAGCGAGGGAGUUGUCCUCUGGCGAAGGCAGAGGCCCCCCUCCCUGCCCAGCCUGGUGGGGAGCAGAUCAGCCCAAGCGAGGGGAUCCCCUGUGUGAAUUGACUGGCUCCCCAGGCCACGCCCUGCCAAGGACCAAGAGCCUUUCUCUUCCAAAGACUUAGAGCGACUGGGGCAGGAAGGGCAACGGCCCCUCCUGCUCGGCGUCUCUCCACAGCGCUGCUGGCUGGGUUGGGUCCUAACCCACCUCCUGCCCUCUCCGUACACCCCAUUCCCCUAGGCCGCCUCCUGCGGGGCAGCAAUACAAAGGACAGUUGGGCCCUGGACUCCAGGCCAGUCCCCCCUAGGUAGCACCGUGGCGUCUUCCACUCAGGACUUCCCCAUUCCUGUCUGCCCCCUGGAAGGCAGAGCUCUGGGGCUCAGCCCCCCAGGCGGCCCAUGCUCUGUCUCGCUGCUGGUAAUGGACGCCACCCACUGGGCCCCUCCAGGGCUCCACCUCCUCCCUGCUGUUGACAAAGGUAUGAAAUCUCCAGGGCAGAGAUUCCCUGCCAAAGCGCCCCCCUCCUCUUAGGGUCAGUAGCCGGACAAGUAGCCAUCCUCCUUCCUGUUGGUAACGCACGUGCCUGCUGGCUGGUUGCAGGAGUGGGGAUUCGUGCCGACUUCAUUCAAUAAAGGACAUUUUAUGUGAAA